AUGGAGAGAAUGUGGUUUAUUGAUAGUGGAUGCUCAAGGCAUAUGAUGAGUGAAAUUUCCCUAUUCAUUGACUUCACGCCAAAGAAGAAGGGAUUUGUGAUCUACAAAGACAACAAUAAGGGUGCAACACCUGGUAAAGGUAGUGUAGAUGAUUACUCUAGAUUUUGUUGGAUUAUCUUUUUGCGUAGUGAAGAUGAGACCUUUCCAAAUUUCACAUCUUUUGUAAAGAUGUCCCAAAGAAAACUAAGUUCAAACAAUGCUUCUAUUCAAAGCGAUCAUGGAGUUUUUGUCUUAAAUAAUGGUAAGGAAAACCUUGGAAUGUUUGAUGCAAAACCUGGCAAAGGUAUCUUCCUUGGAUACUCACAGUCAAACAAAGCUUAUAGAGUGUACAAUAAGAGAUUAUUUACUGUUAAGGAGUUCGUGCAUGUUACUUUUGAUGAAUCUUAUCUGAGAAAAAUCAAGAAAGAUAUUUCUUUUCAUGAUGCAAGUGUAUCUUCAGAAGACAUACUCAAAGACACCGAAAAAGGAAUUGAUCAACCUGAAGCUGUGAGACUUGAGGAGGAGGAAGAUGACAAUCCUGAAAAGGAUAAGGAUGAGAGUCGAACUAAACUUAGUAAGCUUGAAGAACAUGAGCAAGAGUUCAAUUACCUAGAGAAGCAUAAACAGAAGAUUAAGAAAGAAAAUGACAGGGAAAAAUAUGUGGAAACGAAGUCAAUUUCUCUAAUGGGUUGUAUCUCUAAGUCCUCUACAAAAGAUCAAGAUGAUGGUGGAAAAAGUGAUCUUGACUAUUGGAAUGAUGAGGAAACGGGGUUGUUUGUUAAACAAUACCAUAAGUUCAUUAAGGGAAAUUUAGUGAAGCAAAAGAAUCUAAUCAACUAUAGAAGAAAAGAAAAAUCCUUAAACAAUUAUGAGAAUAAGAAAUAA